CUUCCUGAGGAGAAAAGGGCGGAGCGAGAGGGAAGAUGGCGGGGCCAGGCGCCGACGGGAUGCGGCGGAGGGAGCCGACGGGGCGGCGAGGCUGAGCGGACAAAGAGGAGGCCGCGCUGAGGGAAAGAGAGAAAGGAAGGAAGGAAGGGCGGGCGAGCGAGCGAGCGAGAAAGCAGACUCUCGGAGGCCGAGGAGGAGGAGGAGGAUGAGUGCGGCGCGGCGGCGCUGCUGCUGCUGCUGCUGCCUCUCCCGCCGGAGCCUCCCGGCUCGCUCUCCCCGCUGAGUCCGGGCUGGAGGCGGCCGGGGCGCGGGGAAGUAUAGGCCCCGCGGCCGGAGGAGGAGGAAGGAGGCGGCGAGGCGGAGGCGGCGGCGGCGGGGCCAUGCCGUGGCUGAGCGGAGGGCGCCGGCGGAGGAGGCAGCAGCAGCCCCAGCAGCAGUCCCAGGCUCAGCCUCAGCAGCCCCAGGCCGGCAUGGGACAGGCGGGAGGCGUGCAGGCGCUCUCCGCGGCGCCCGGAGGGGCAGGAGGCGGCGGCGGCGUUGGCGUUGCUGGGCCUCGGGGCCGGGAGAGCUCGGAGCUGCCUUUGCCCGCCGGCUGGGAGGAGGCCCGCGACUACGACGGGCGCGUCUUCUACAUCGACCACAACACCCGGCAGACGUCGUGGAUCGACCCCCGGGACAGGAUUACGAAGCCAUUAACUUUUGCUGACUGUGUUGGCGAUGAACUGCCUUUAGGAUGGGAGACGGUUUACGAUCAACAUAUUGGUGUUUAUUACAUGGACCAUAUCAAUCAGCUCACACAAAUUGAGGAUCCAAGAGAGCAAUGGAGAAGAGAGCAGGAGCGCAUGUUAAAGGAAUAUUUAAUUGUUGCGCAAGAAGCACUUAAUGCCAAAAAGGAAAUUUACCAAAUCAAGCAGCAGCGUUUUGAGCUGGCACAAGAAGAAUACCAGCAACUGCAUAAAAUGUGUGAGGAUGACAGCCGCUCUUAUGCCAGCUCAUUUUCAGGAUUUUCAACCAAUACCAAAUAUGAUCCAUGUCAGAUCAAAGCAGAAAUAGCAAGUCGACGGGACAGACUUUCUAGGUUAAAACGAGAAUUGACACAGAUGAAGCAAGAACUACAGUACAAAGAGAAAGGAGUAGAGACAUUGCAAGAGAUUGACCGUAAGAUAUCAGAUGCUCACAUGAAUUAUAAAUUGGAUGAAGCCCAAGCAAUAAUGAAUGAGCUUCGAAGCAUCAGGAAGGCUAUCUGUAUGGGUGAAAGAGAAAGGCAAGAUCUAAUGCAGAGUCUGGUCAAACUGACAGAUGGAUUCCGGAAUAGCUGCUGUAUCACACAAUCUCAGCAGGAUCUUCAACGUAAUUCUAGCUCACUCAGUAACUCCAAUUUACCUCAACAACACUGUGAUGCCUGUUCUCAAACUGACAUCAUUGGAGAGGAGUGGACAAAUUUCUCCAAUAUGUUUGGAUUUGAUGAUAAAACGAGACAUGCUGACAGAAUAAAAUUGAGUUGGCAGUACGAAGAAGCCAAAAAAAGGGUUUUUAGUAUUCAGCAGCAGCUGGCUCUACAGGAUCAUGAAUCUUGGCCAGGAAUGGUGGAGGCAGACAGAGACCGUCUUCAGCUCAUUAAAGAGAAAGAAGCUCUCUUGCAAGAUCUACAGUUGAUAAGUCAACAGCAGAAACUACCAGAAGACAUUGAACGUUUAGAGGAAGAUAAACGGCGCUUGGAGAAUGAGAUCCAGCAGGCACAAGCCACUUCUUCUCAUGGUGCUGCUGAAAGGCUACUAUUACAAGAAAAAAAGAAUUGUUUAUUCAUGCAGUUGGAAGAAGCAACUCGUUUAACAUCUUAUUUAUACUCCCAGUUGAAAAGCUUGUCUGCCAGUACCUUAACAAUAUCCUCUGGCAGCAGUCGGGGAUCACUGGCAUCCAGUCGCGGCUCAUUGGCAUCCAGUAGGGGUUCUCUUAGUUCUAUAAGUUUCACAGACAUCUAUGGUCUUCCUCAAUAUGAAAAACCAGACAGUGUUACAGAAUAUGGGCAUCACUUGCGCUAUGAUCCAGUGCCAAUUGACACCUAUAGCAAAGAUCUUCCUUAUCUUGAAUCUGUUGGACCUUCAAAUAGCAGUAAACAAAGACGAUCUUUGGAUACGCCACUGUCCUUGGCAUCUCUGUCGUCACGAUCGUCUUUGUCCUCAUUAUCUCCUCCGAGUUCACCCCUGGACACUCCCUACCUACCUGCUUCUCGGGAUUCUCCUUUGGCCCAGAGGUCAGAAGGAUAUGAAGAAAUAAUGGGCACCGGUGCCUUAGAAGUUUUCCGAGUGCAGGUCUCUACUUUGGGCGAAGAUAAAGCACAAGAAACUGUUUUAUCAAAAGCUCUGGAAUAUUCUACAGGCAGAGAAGGACCACGGGAAACAGGGAUCCAGCUUACAAAUAUUCCAACUUCAGGAGCUGUGACCCUACGUGAAGACAGCGCUAGAAGGUCGGAGAGGAGAGCCAGGCGAGUCUCAGCAUGUCUGUCCAAUUAUUCACUGGCUAGUGACAGUGGCGUGUUUGAAGCUUUAACCAAAAGAAAUGAGGAUGUGGAAGAAUCACUUUACAGUGAUACUGUCAGCUGCGAAGAACCAAAAAUGCAAGUUGGAUUCCUGCAUGACAGUGGAAGUGAAUGUCUCCUGGUCCAUGUGUUGCAGCUAAAGAAUUUUUCUGGUUUUCCUAUGAAAGAGGGCUGUAAAAUACAUGUGAGGAUAUACUUACCAUCUCUUGAUUCGGGUACAUCAACCACUUACUGCUCCAGAGCUUUGGAAUUCAAAACACCUUUAGUAUUUAAUGAAGUCUUCCAGAUCCCUGUGCAUUCAAAUAUCUUGCAAUUAAAAUCCCUGCAGCUUUAUAUUUGUUCAAUUGGUCAGCAGCAGCAAGAAGAAUUGUUGGGAAUUGCCCAAAUUAGCCUAGCUGAUUAUGAAAGUUGUGGUGAGCUGCAACUUCACUGGUACCCUGUCCAGCUCUUCACUAGUUCUGAUCAUGAUCAGAAAAAAGAGAAACCAAAAACUGAAGAAAGCAUUUCUCAGAUUUUUGAAAACAAAACUACAGUGAAAAUGGAUGCUGUGUCUGCCCUUUUAGCGAGGACUACAGCUCAGUUGGAGGCAGUGGAGAGAGAGCUAGCAGAAGAGAGAGUGAAAUUGGAGUACACAGAGGAGGAAAUUCUGGAGAUGGAACAAAAGGAAGAUCAGCUCGAAGCUGUGUCAGAGAGGAGCUGGCAAGCAGAGUCAGUUGACAGUGGAUGCAGUAACUGCAUGCAGACAAGUCCCCACCCAGAAUCCUAUUGUGGUGAAUCACUACAUGCAUUUGCUGCUCAGACCGAUCAAUAUCCUUCUGGAAAGGUCCAGUCUCCACCUUUAAAGGUGGAUAAGGAGACCAACACAGAAGAUUCUUUCCCAGAAGAAGCCAUUUUGCUUCAUGCCAGAACUGGCCGUCGAUCCAGAGGGUCUGCAUUUGUUCGUAGCAGCACUCUUGUUCGCUCACAGACAUUCUCACCUGGUGCACGAAGUCAGUAUGUCUGCCGUCUGUAUCGUAGUGAUAGUGACAGUUCCACUCUACCAAGAAAGUCACCUUUCAUCCGAAAUACUUUGGAGAGGCGUACACUGCGAUAUAAGCAGCAAUCAUGUAGAUCAUCUUUGGCUGAUCUUAUGGAAAGGACAUCACUAGACCUGGAGCUGGAUCUUCAGGCUUCCAGAACAAAACAGAGGCACUUGAAUGAGGAGUUAUCUGUCCUGAGAGAGUUGCGCCAACGCCUGGAGGAUGCCCAGCUUACUGGUCAAACUGACCUGCCUCAUUGGGUCCUUCGGGAUGAACGAUUCCGAAAUUUGCUGAAGGAAGCAGAAAAGCAGACAAGACAGACCAAAUUUGAGCAUCGUCAGCAACAAGCAGCUGAAAAAUUGCUUAAAAAAGCAUCCAAAGAAGUAUAUCAGCUGCGUGGACAAAAUCAGAAGGAACCCAUUCAAGUGCAGACCUUCCGGGAGAAGAUGGCAUUCUUUACAAGGCCAAGGAUCAACAUACCUCCUCUCCCAGCUGACGAUGUAUGACAUGUUACUUUAUAAACAUGAAGUAUUUAUCUGCCUCUUUCUUGUUUUAAAAUGAAGUUACUAAACUAGUUAAGUUUAUUUUUAAACUCUUUGUGUAAAAACUAUUAAUAUACACAUUUUGUAAAAAACAUUUAAAAUAAACAAAAAACAUAAAUAUAUACAUAUAUAUAUUUUAUAAUAGUGACUACAGCAAGGCUUGGUUUUUCCUUGUUGUGAAACUGAUGUCGCUGAAGACGACUUAUUUUAUAUUAAAGAUAAAAAUCAACUAUCCUAUUAGAGUGUGUACAGUUUUUAUGCGGUUUUAUUUGACUUAAAAGGCUGAAAGACAGAAACAAAGUGAGUUCAGGUAAAUUCACUGUAUUCUAAUUUAUUUAUAGUAACUCAUUUUCCUUGAAGGAAAAUAUUUACUUUUAAGAUGUAUUUUAAAAGACAUACAUUUUGUUACGCAGUAUUUGUCAUACAGUAGAAUGAAACCAUUGAGCUGGUUUUGUUUCUGAUAGCUGAAGUGAAAAUAGUAUCUUCUAAAGUUGAUGUUUUUAAAAUCGGCAUUACUGUCUGCCUCUUAUAAUGUAACGAGUAUUUUGGCACUGCCUUGAUAUCACCCCUGCAAUGUUUUGUUUUAUUUUUAAAAGUACCAUUAAGAUGCCAUAAAACAUUGCAGGGAACAACUGCUUGUUUGUAGCUGUGCACUAAUAGAUUUAUCUCAUUUCAGUUUUGUCAAAUAUGUCUUUUAUAAUUUUAAAUCGCUUUUCUGUUUAACGAGGGAAGGAAGAAGGUGACAGGUUUCGCUUUAGCUGUUGUUUUAGAAAAAGUGCUUAUGAGUUAACUAUUAAUAAUAUUUAAUUAUUUGAUUAGUUACAUGCUCCAGAAAUUGGGUCAGAAAUCACUAGUUAUCUUGAUAUUUUUUCAGUAUCCCCAUAUGUCUUGCAUUCCAAACUUCAUUACCUUUAAUGAACUAUAUCUGUAUGGAGGAAAAAAUAACCCACUAAAAUCAUCUGGUGCUUAAUCCUAAGGCCAAGCAUACUGGGCCAUGUCUCACAUGUAGAGUAGAUGCUAUAGGUUCAGUGAGUGCAUAACAAGUACCGGGAUCUUUUGAGGGAAUUCAACCCUUUGUGGUGAGUCAACCAAGGCUUUUAUUACUGCAAAAAUACAGUGAUCCAAAUUGAGUAUCCACUUGAAAUUUCUCCAGUUACUUAGCCAUUAGCAGGUAUCACCUCUGUAGAUUUUAGUUUGUUUCCAUUGCUUUGCAGAAAGGCUACAAUUUUUGUGUGUUUUUUAAAAAAACAAAAAUAAAACCAGAGUUUUUCAGAAUUCCUCAUCUGCCACUAUGAAAAAUUCAACUACAGUAGAGUCUCACUUAUCCAAGCUAAACAGGCCAGCAGAACCUUGGAUAAGCGAAUAUUUUGGAUAAUAAGGAGGGAUUAAGGAAAAGCCUAUUAAACAUCAAAUUAGGUUAUGAUUUUACAAAUUAAGCACCAAAAUAUCAUGUUAUACAACAAAUUUGACAGAAAAAGUAGUUCAAUAUGCAGUAAUGUUAUGUUGUAAUUAGUGUAUUUAUGAAUUUAGCACCAAAAUAUAUGAUAUAUUAAAAACAUUGACUACAAAAAUGCAUUGGAUAAUCCAGAACCUUGGAUAAGCGAGUCUUGGAUAAGUGAGACUCUACUGUAUAUGAAUUACUGUAGCAGUAUUUUAAAUAUUCCUCAAAAUGCAUCUGUCUAGGCAGUGGUACAUUCUGAGAUCAUUAAUAUUUGUGCUCUCAUCAUCUUUUAAAAUGUUUUUGGUUUUUCAGAUAAAUCAUUUCACUGCAAAACCCUAAACUCUCUAGUUCUGGCAGCCUUUUCUGGCCUUGCAUUUUAUGCAUAAUUCUAAAUGCAUUUCCUCUUUCCACUUCUAAAACUUUGAAUUAUUGAAUUAGGAUAUCCUCUGACAUGGAACAGAGUCUGUUAGCAUUAAAAAAAAAAUUAAAUUAAGAUAGGAGUAAAACAGAACUAUGUGGUGAAGCAGUUAAAAGAAAUUGAUUCUUCAGUUGGAUUCCCUAGCUUUAGAAGAAAUCUGUUUAGAUAUAGGACAAUCUGUUGGUUUUGUUAGAUUUCAACUGUCACCUUAAAUUCCCGAGAGUGCCACUUUUUGUGUCUUUGAAAUAUAUGAUAAUAUUAUGUGUUAUGUUAUUAUAUUCAGCUUCAGUUACCCAAAGAAUUAUGUCCUACCAAAAGUGAAACUACCUUUCAGGAGCAUCAAUAAGAACUCAACAUUUUUAAAUAUAAGACAUUUAGGUCACAUUUUGAUGUUUUUUUUCAAAUGAAAUAGUGCCUUAGAGAGGCCCAAUACCAAAGAAAGUGGUUGUUAAGCUGGAAACCAAUCAACAUCCCCUGCAAUUUUCAGAAUUUGAAUAUUGUGUUAAGAUCAUGAGACCCUAUCCAUCACAUAGUUUUUAACAGUCUGUUUUGGAGUAAUGUUUAUAAACCAUACAUAGUACGAAUAUUUAAAUCUACAUUAAAGUUCAGUGCAUUUGAUUGACUCUUCAUAUGCAUAGGAUUGCAGUCUAAAUCCAUCAAAUUAACAUGAAUUGUGUAGGAUCACACUUGCUGUAUGUUAUAAUGAAAAUAAGUGUUUGUUAUUACUGUCACUGACUGUUCUGUAGAAUUUUGACAUAUAAGAAGACUGAGAAAGUGUUUCUUGUCAAGGAAAGUGAUCCCUGAAAUGCAAAAGGAAGAAAGAGCUGGAAGUGCAGCAGGAGCCAAAAAGAAAAAUGGUGGUCACCUAAUUACAGUUAUUUUCAAGUUAUUUGCAUGCAUGGUCGUAAUUUAAAGUAUUUAUCAAAAAGUUAACAGGAGUCAGAUUUGUGUUUGUUGUAUCCUAUUGUAUUCCAAUAUGUGGUCUGUUUCAGCAACAAUUCAGCAAGUUUAAUGCACUUGGAGAAGGUAGUAGACAAUAGAGAUCUUCCCUAUAUUUUUUGUUUCAGGUUAAAGAAUGAUCAUUUUUAUGCAGAGCACUUUCAAUCAUCUGAGGCAUAUACUAGUUGUGAUAAAGGGUAGUCAGUAUAAACACUGUUCUGACAAAUUAGGAUCAGUUUCUGAUUGUGAAGUCCACCAACAUAGGGCUCCUUGAGAAGAUGAUGUGUCUAGGUUGUACUGGUAGCAAGUCUGUGCUGUGGUCAUAGUAUUUAAGCAAGGUAAAAACCUGUCGAAUGAGUACUAUUUCAGUGUGUCAAAAAGUAAUAUACAUACUCCUCAGUAUUCAUUUUUUUGUGUUUGUCAAAGUUUCCAAACAAUUGUGUCAUUUGUAUUUGAAAAGUAUUCUGCCAAAUAAUCAAAUAAAUAAAAACUUGGCAUAAUUA